CUUUGAUACCGGGCAGUUCUUUAAGUUUCAUCACCAUGACAAAGGUGAAUUUCCAUUUGGCUGUCCUAUGCGGAUUGGCAAUGCUCAGCGUGACACUCGCAGAGCCGACCAUGUACGGUGGUGCUACACCUGCUCCGCCAAAAUAUCCAGCUCCGCCAAAAUACGAAGCUCCAGCUCCACCAAAAUACGAGGCUCCAACUCCACCAAAAUACGAGGCUCCAGCUCCACCAAAAUACGAAACUCCGGCCCCACCAAAAUACGAAACACCAGCUCCGACAACUCCGACUCCGCCAAAAUACGAGACUCCAGCUCCACCAAAAUAUGAAACUCCUGCUGCUCCUAAAUAUCCAAAGAUGGACGGUGGUAUGAAGUACAAGCGAGCUAUCGACGAGCAAACUGAAGUAGGCAAGGAAGACAUCACCGACGAAUCCGACAUGACGGCGGAGGAAUUCACACCUAAGGAAAUCGAAGCAGCACGUGACGCUGUCAUGAAGAGCCUCAUGACCAUGAUUGAGGAUUCAGUUACGUCCGACGAUGUUGACACGUUUGGCGAUGCAACUGAACAGUUUGAUGAUACCGCCAACGAUCAAGAUACGGAAUCCUUCGAACACGAGCAAUCAACGGCUGAUCACGAUGAGGAGGACUUGACCCAUUUGGAAAGGAGUGCUCCUGAGGAGGACGAAAAAACAUCUGAAGACAGGAGCCUUCUAUUCAGCCCUGGGAUAAAGAGAUUGCGCCUCCUAAUAAAGAAACGUAUCGAUGCAAAAUUGAAAAUCAAGGGUCAACAGUGCGUAUGCCAAGAAGAAGAUCGUGCGUCCAGUCGUCGUGAAGAAAAUCGUCCGUCCAAUCAUUAA